AUGUUCAAAAGAGGCCUGUUUUCUAGUCUUGCUUCUCUCUUCCUGCGCACUGUCACGGCGUUGGCUUUGCCAGCGACAGAUUCUGGAACUUUUCAGGUGCUUCAGCAGCCAAACCUGAACUUCACCAAGAACGCUGCUGCUAUUCAUUUCUCUGAUUUGGCAAAAUACAAUGUCACUCUCAAUUCUACCUACGCAGUGACUGCCAUUACGGCAGCAAAGCAGUCUGGAGGCACCCCGGCAAUUCCUCUGAUUUGGGAAAGUGAAUACGUGUGUCCUGUCGUAAUUGGAGGACAAACUGUUUACCUCGACUUUGACACCGGGUCAUCUGAUCUCUGGGUCCUCUCAACCUUGACAAACGUUGAGGGCAUCGGUCACAAGAUCUAUGACCCGAAAUUUAGCCCUUCCUCCAAGUUACUGCCUGGAGCGACAUGGGACAUAACGUACGCCGAUGGUAGUGGGUCUGGUGGCAUCGUCUUCAAAGACCAUGUUGUAAUCGGAAGCAGCGUUGCUAUCGACCAGGCCGUGGAGGUAGCUUUAUUUGUCUCACCGCAAUUCGCCAGCAAUCCUUUCAACAGCGGGCUUCUAGGUCUGGCUUUUAGUACUAUCAAUACUGUUUCUCCGGUCCACCAGUUGACCUACUUUGAGAAUAUCCUACCAACCCUCAAAGAACCUUUGUUCACAGCAGACCUCCAACAUGGGCGUCCAGGAACCUAUAACUUUGGCUUUAUUGACCCCGCCGCGUUCAAGGGGCCCAUAGCAUGGACCCCCGUCACGAAGCCGCAGGGAUAUUAUGCUUACUGGCAGCUCGAUGUCACUGGCUUCCAAGUCGGCCCUGAGCCGUAUCACGAACACAUUAUCAGUGGAAUUGCAGGCAAGUCAAGCCUUCUGUAUCUUCCCCCUCUUGUUGUCCUUGAGUAUUACUCCAAGGUAGCCGGCGCCUUCUUCGACUCCAGCAAUGCUGCAUGGGUAUUCCCUUGUACUUCUCCUUUGCCGGACUUUACCUUCGGCGUCGGGGCCUACCGCGGAGUUGUCCCAGGGAGCUACAUACUCUUUCAGCCCCUAGGUGACGACCUUUGCUAUGGAGGUAUCCAGGUUAACACCGGCCUUCCUUUUUCCAUUUUCGGAGAUAUCCUGCUUAAAGCACAAUUUGUCGUCUUCGACCACGCCGGUCCGCGCCUCGGAUUUGCGAACAAGCUGUGA